CCGACCCGCCGACCCGCCGGGCUGCCGGGCCGGGCCGGGCCGGGCCGGGCCGGGCGGCUGGGCCGCACACGCAACUGAGCGCUGGUGAGCGACGGACGCGCCGGGGCGAGCGGCAGGAACGCAUCGAGUGGUGGGACAGGACGGCAACAGGAGAAGUGAACAAGAGUAGGACAACAGGAGCAGGAGUGAUCAAGGACGGGACGACAGCAGGAGAGGACACCUGACGGGACAAAAGGACAGGCAUCUAUUAUGGAGAACUCUGAGAUCGACUACAUCCGCUCGGUGUGGCAGCUAGUGUUGGCAGAUAAACUGCACCACGGCGUGGAACUCUUCGUCAGACUGUUCGACCGGUAUCCGGAGACCAAAUCGAAGUUUGCUCGGCUGAGCAGCAGCUGCCCGGACCCGGAGACGAUGCGCCGUUCGGCGCGGCUGCGCGCGCACGCCGGCAGGGUCGUCACCUCGCUCUCCUCCAUCAUCGAGAUCAUUGACGACAUGGAGAUGGUGGACGAGAACGUCUACCUGCUCGGCGAGAGCCACAACCGCAGGAAGGUCACCAAUGCGGACUUUCAGAAAUUUACUGACGUUCUACUGAGUUACCUGUCGGAUACGCUGCCGGAAGACGUCUACCCGCCGGCAGCGGCAGACGCCUUCACCAAAAUGAUGGGCGUCUUCAAUAAGAAAAUGAGCCAGCACCUGGACGAGUAACACUGCAGUGUCUCUUUGUAUUUUGUCGCAUGUAUCGCACGGCGCCGGCGGUGCACUCAGGAUCGCCGAGUUGGCAAUCCACCGCCCGCAGCGCAGCCGACCGUCCUCAACGCUCUGGCUCGGGCACUCAGUACGAGAACUAAACACCGGGUGACGCCCCUCAACCCGCCGGGCAGGUGCCCCAAACGAGUACCUACUGCGAUCAGUCGCGGGGGGGCCGACCCUCCCUGUGAGAAUGUGUGAGCGCGUGUGUUGAUAUGUGCUGGCCGAGCCUGUUCGGCCGGUUGGCCAGUGAUCAUCAUUUGUUGCAUGCCUUGCUCGCCACGAGCGCACAUCUCCACAUAGCGCUAAUUGGAAAUGCAUCCAUCGCACGCAUGAAUAUAUUUGAAGCACACGUU